CCCUGGACUUUUCUUGGUAGGGAAAUUCUGUAUUUGUGACAUUUGUUUAACUAUAAAAGUUUUGGCCUGCACUUAACAAUAAAGAAAAGUAGUAUAUGCCUGGCUCUGGUCUAUUGUAGCUUUGAGAGGAGAUGAAUUUUCUUGUGAUUGGAGUCCUGGUUAUUCUUCCCCAUGCUGCUGUAAGAUCCAUCAGAGUGGCAGAAAGUUAUUGGACGCUUAAUGCAAAUGAAUUGGUGGUGGAUGAAGAUAUGGAUAAAUAUGGAACUACGGUGCUGGUUCCAAUAGUGUGUGGUGAGGCUUUUGAGGGACAGAGGAUCAUAUGGAAGCGAGAGAACAGAGAGGAGCUCCCACUCCAGGGAAACAGAGUUUUUGUGGUGGUGGAGGAACGACAGGGUGGGACAUACACCUGUUACAGCACAGAAGGCAAAUACCUGAACCACACACUUGUAUUAGUGCAGUGGAGGUACAGGAAGAUAAUUAAAGGCACACCUGAGCGAGGUUAUAUCCACUGUUCAACAAACAACUACAGUGGCUUUUUUCAGUGCUUCUGGACCUGGGAUGAAUCAAGAGCUGGAAAAGUUGCAUUUAUUAAAAUAAUACGCUCUCACACUGCAGGAAACAUUAGCUGCAGUCUGGACUCUAAUGUAGGCAGCAUCACAUGCCAAGAUCAUGCAUACUGUCCCUAUGCCGAGGAGAUAGAUCACAUCAACUUGACUGUUUAUUUCCGAAGCAACUACGUCAUUGAGACCUAUUAUCUGCAGUUUCGUAUCUCAGAUAUAGUGAGGCCAGACAUGGUUCGUUUCAAUAUGAAGAGAAAUAUUCUGGAGCUUCAGUACCCAGAGAGCUGGAGCACACCCUUCUCCUACUUUCCCCUUACAUUUCAGGUGAAAGAGAUUCGCUGCAACAGGAAAAGGAUUUGUGACUGUUCUUACCAAAGAUCAUCAAAUGUUGAUCUGACACAAGAGCAGCUAUGGCCAUUAAAAAAGGGAGUGACUGUGUGUGUAAGAGCACAGGAUAGCCUGACUAACUCCUCUUGGGGAAAAUGGAACCAGUUCAAAAAACAGAAACACAAGAGAAAAGAGAAAAGAUGGCAUGAAAAAACCAUGAAAAGUAAAGUGAAUGGCCUAAAUAUGUAGGCAGUGACUUUGCAGUGAGACUCCAAAAUGAGACUCAAGUAAGUCUUUUAUUGUACUGCAGAUGGCACAAGACAGCUCAAGACACACAGGGUUACUACCACAGAUCUUGGUGUAGCAUGGAGAAAUGGAUGGGGCCAUGAAACAGAACUCUAAAUUCUGACAUAAAAAACAUAUCUGUUUAUAUAUCACUUGUUUAGGGUUAUGGAGAAAAAUAAAUAUCAGCAGCUCCAAUGUAUGAAGCAAUUACUAGGGCAAUAUUCAUUAUUCGAGGUUCAAUAUUCAUAUAUUUCAUUCAACAUCCCCUAUCUCACAGCUGUGAACUGUAACUAAUAUGGAACUAAGGAAGUCUAUACAUUGGUGCAUAGUGGUUGUAGAGAUGGAAGAUUAUUGUUGGUAAUUGAUUCAAUUUAAUGAGUUGUGCAGCUAAAUUCUAAAAGCCACAAUUUCGGAAACCUCUAUUAGAAAACCUGUUGUGUUCUUAGAACAAUAUUGUUACAGGUUUUUCACCUAUUAAAUAUUAUUGUAAUAACCUGUGUAAAUAGAAUGAAUUCUUCACAAUAGAAUAGCAUAUCCCUCCAGCAUAAUAGAAGUUAGCAAAAAUAAACCAACAGUAAUAUAUUAUGGUAAUGGCACAUUAUGUUAUGCUUAUAGUACUUUGUAUCAGUAUUCUUGGCCAUGGUUUUUAUCUAGUCUGUAUUUCUAGUUUUUUCAUUUGCCUGUCAUAUUCUGUUUAUGUAUCACCUCACCUACUUCCUUUCCUGGACCAUGUUAAGCCAAAUGUUCUGUUGGAUUUGUUUUUUGUAUUACAAGUUUAAUAAAAGCCCUAUCCAUAAUGGCAGCUGCCUUUGCACAUGCGAGACAGAAUACUUUGCCUUUAGCAUGGAGGCACUGAGAAUGUUAGAUUGGCAACAAGUGCUAUUUAAGCUGCGGCUUCACAAUGUCUUGACACCUGUUUCCACUGAGAUCCAUGACUACUCCAGCCAUGC